UCUCCCCUACACUUCAGAGUAAUUCUUUUUCUCAUUUUCCAUUCCAAGGAGCUCAUAGCAUGGCCAGCAGGGGCAGAGCAGCAGAGCAGAGGUGUGAGCGGGUCUGGGUGUCCCAGGGGAGCCCAAAGGCAGAGCCCUUUGGUGCAGAGGAAGCUGUGCACCGUGAGCACAACAAAAGCACAUUUAUAGCCUGCCUUCCUUCUGAGCCCACUGCAGGUUUCCAUCCACCACACUGCUGCAGCGGCGUCUGCCACAUCUCGUCAUCUGCUCACACAUCCCCAGCUCGUGUCCCUUGGGAGUCCCCAGCAGAUGGGUGCCCACACUGCACCCGCAGCCCCUGGGGUUCCUGGCUGUGCCCUGCGGUGAUGUUCUUUGCUCGGCCACAUUCUCCCUCUGCAGAGCUGGUGUUUUCCUUCUGUUUGGCUGCAAUUAGUCUUGGCUGCUGGGAGCCUACCUUAAUUGUUUCUCCGAAGCUCAGCUUUGUAGUCUUCCAGGAGGUUUCUUGCUGUUCUUUCCACCCUUUGCCACACCUGGUUGGACACGCGUGAGCGCACACAGCCAUACAGCAGCCCCUGCGUAGCACGCGCUGCGUUGUGCCGCGUGCCAAAGGUUGACAUUUGUUUUUAAAACAUGAUUAAUUCAGUGCCUUAAACAGCUCCAACGCAGUGCGGUUUCACCAGGGCUAAACCCAGCUUUCAUGCUGGCUAAUUAUUGAGCGGAACAACUUUCUUGGAUUGCACCUCUUCCCUCCAAGCCCUGCACACUCGGCUGGGAGGCUCAGCUGGCUGCAGCGAGCUCUCCUCCCUGCAUGCAGGAGCAGGGGCUGCUGUCCCGCAUGGAGACCAGGGCAGAGCUGAGCUCCAGGAUGCCAGCACGGCCAUUUGUUGCACUUCCCAGCAGCAGCGACGCACUCAGCUCGCAGGGAUUGCCAGCAGAGCCGGCCCUGCAGCAGUCUGGAACGCUGCUGUGCCGUCCCACCCUCGUGCAGGAGAUGCAGUGCCAGCUGCUUGGCGAGCAAACAAAGCGCCUGGGCCGUGCUGCGCCAUGCAGGGAUUUCACUCUGCACGCUCAGCCUCGCCUCUGAGCUCUCUUUGUGAGGCACAGCCACGAGCAGCCCCUGCAGGAGAAGCGCUAUGAAGGUGUUUUCCCCCUUCUCAAACUGCUUUGCUAUGAAAUGCUCCUUGUGCUUUUGGUUCUAAAGAGCAAAGCUGCAAAGUUCUGCACUUCCCUGCCGUGGGGGACGGGCUGCCACGCUCUCAGUGCUGCUGCUUGCACAGUGCUUAUGUAGCUUUCUCAUUUUUUUCCUCUUUUUUUUUUUUCCUUAUAGAGCCGUUUUCAGCCCCAGCUGGCAGAGCUCUCGCUCCGAAUACCAUUGUUACUAUUAAAAAUAAUAUUAAAAAAACCCCAAAAGCAGCCUUUCACAAACUUCAGUGUAUGGAGGACUUGGCUGGAGGUGGACUUGGCAGUGCUGGGGAACAAGCAGAGUGUAUUUAUACCUGAGUGACUGCGCUGAGCUGUGUUAUACCCUUUAACUGUUUCCAACAUGAGUAAACCAGGCUUAAAGCAGAACACGGCGCUGUGUUUUCUGCCAAAUGCUUUCAUUGGUGCUGAGUUGGUGGAGGGACCAAACCUUCGUGGUGCAGAGCAGGUGCUGCUGGUGCUGCUGGUCGUGUCCUUGGUCUGGUGCUGGAAAUCCAUGGGAGUUUGGGAAGUGAGGUCAGGGUGCUGCUGGCUGAGCAGCCAUGGGUUGCUGUUGCAUUACAGUUGUAACAACACGGGGAGUUUUCUUCCCCCUGCGCUGUUCUCUUGCAGUGGAGCUGUGGGGAGGGGGGGGUUGGUUGGCCGUUCUCCUGCCAUCCCCAUGGCAGCAAUGUCCCCUUGUUUGUGUGUGGUGGUGGAACAGGGCUGGGUGAGGAGCAGAUGGAGACAAGGAGGGGUGAUGGCAGCAGGGACAGCCCUGGGUCAGAUGCUGGGGCCCCGAAAUGUGAGAGCAGACACUGCGAGCGCCUGCAGUGCAGAUUUACUGCCUGCAAAUGGGGCCGAGGAAGUCUGCCUGCAAGCUUAGCUGGAUUGGAAGGAGUUUAUAUAAGAGCAUUGCUCAUCACCCGCGCUGUGCUCACACUGAGCAAAGCCAACGUGAUGAGACAUGAUUGUGGAUGUCACCCUGAGCACGUUAACGAGCGAAUGUGUUGUGAUGGAGGUGCUGAGAGGCCCUGCGCUGCCCUCCUCCUCUGGAUGCUUUUCAUCUCUCUGCCCUCUGCUGCCUUUCCUUCGCUUUUGGGAAGCUCUCUGCCCUUGCAGGAGCAGCGUUUCGGAUGCUGAAUCCAUCACCUGCAUGAGCUUUUGAAUGGAUGUGAGCUAUGUGUAGGAAAUGGCUGCUUUGUUCACGGCUGAAACGCAGUCGCUCCAAAGGUGGGAAGCAGCUCUGGUUAAACAGUCGUGUGCUGAAUUUCCAGCCAUGCCUUUGAUUUGGAGGAUUUCUUACUCCCCUCUGAUUUUAGGGCUCUCAUGUCAAAUAAUGAUUCCAUAAAGCGCGUGUGCCUUCGAAUGCUGAAUAAAUGAAAACGCCCACACGCGGUGUAAAUAAUAACAGGUGGGACAGAAUGUUUUACCUUUAUGACAGCCCUCAAACAGAGCUCUGUGCCUUCCCCCCCCUUCUCCCUCCCCAUCCCACCGGUGCCAUUCCCAUGGCUUUAAUUCAUGGGCAGUGGUUUGGUUCACCCAUAGGCAGUGCCUACAUGAGAGCCUCGCAGCGCCACGCAGCCCUGACUGGGAUCUGCUGUAGGACUGCUCCCACACCGUCACAGGGUGUGAUGGUUUCAUUCGGGCUCUUCAGACCCAUUUUCGGGAGCUUUUCUCCUCCCUUUCAUUGAAACAUGGGCUCUUACUGACUGAAUAAUUUCAGGAAAUGGGUUGCAGUUUUUAGGUCACUUUGGCAUUUCCUCGAUAAAGCAGCGCGUUCUGCAGGGCCUGUCACGGCUCUGCGGUAAUUAUCUCUGCUCAGUGAGAAGCAGUGGCUCUCUGAGGUUUUGCUCCCUUUCUUAAACUUGAGUUAUUUCUCCCUCUUGUAGCAGAUCUCUUGCAGCAUGCUGUCCCUGCUGUGAAGGCACAGACACCCAAGGAUGUAUUGCUGCUAAUGAAGGAGCACGGGGUGACCCGGGGCUGCCGGCUGCUUUUUGGAGAUGCUUUCGGAGUGCUCCGUUUGCUGCAGACCUGAGGGCAGUGCCCAAAGAAAUCCCACCUGGUGAUCUGUUCUGAGUGUCUGCAGGCUGCGGAGGCUUCGUUUGGCUGUGGCACCAAGGAGGGAAGCAGAGGUUGUGGGGAGGUUUGUGCUGUGGUGCUCAGUGCUGGGUGCAGGUCUGCUCUCCCCUGCUGCCCCUCUGGGUUCACGCUGAGGUUGUUUUGUUCCCUGUGUCUGUGCUUCGCAGAGGAGCAGCGUCUGCCCACGUCUCAGAGGUGGCAGUGCUGGGAGUUAAGUUUGUGUGACCUCCAGCUUAGGGCCUUCUGUGCAGCUCCCCCUAAGCUGGAGAGGUCCUGCAGCAGCCACUGGGUGAUGAGCAGUGCUUGAGCCUUGCUGCUGCUGAGGAGCUGCUCUGUGCUCCCACCAAAUCGCAUCCAGGUGCCAAGCAGCCCUGUUCUGCCCGCUGCCGUGGUCCUUCAGCUCAGUAUCUCUUGUCUUACCAGAAACUGGAAGGGGAAGCACAAUUCUGCCUUGUGAGUAAUUGGACCAUGAUUUAGAAAUGAUCUUUCUCCAUCUUCUUGCCUGGAGAAGUUGCUGACUUGCUGGUUUAUGUUGGAUUUUGUCUCAUAUUCAUCAAAGGCUUCCAGACCCUUUGGACAGAUGCCUUUUUGUAUUAGGAAUCUGAUACUUGGCACUUCACCAGAGAAACCUUGCUCGUGUUAGAGCGUGUUGUGCCAGGCAGGGGCUGCUCUGGUGAUGUUUGGUGAGGGAAGGCUUUUCAGGAGAAACCACUGUUUAUCUCCCAGGAAUCUGGCCCUGAAAGGAGGAGCAGGAGGAUGCACGCUGCUACUGAGAUGAGGUCCAACCUCACAACCAGCCAACCGACCCAGGAAGCAUCUGUGCACCAGCGUGUCUCUGUGUGCUGUGUGUGACCCCCCAGCAUCCCUCCCUUUGUGCUGCCUGUGAUGUGUGGACAGCCCUGCAGCGUGGCGGGGAGCUGCUCACACCACGGCCAUGUGGGACCUCUCCAACACCUCUCCCACAUCGGAGGCCGGGCCAGAUCUGAUCUGGAGGUUGGCCAGGGCAAGGAGGAUCGUGGACAACCGGGCUCUGCUAACAGCUCUUAUCCUGCCAGCCCCUGGCGUGGAGGCAAGCCUAGCGGAGCUGCAUGAAAUAUGGGCGACGACAGACCCUUCGUGUGCAACGCCCCCGGCUGCGGACAGAGGUUUACAAACGAGGACCACCUGGCUGUUCAUAAACACAAACAUGAGAUGACAUUGAAAUUCGGCCCCGCGCGCACCGACUCGGUCAUCAUCGCAGAUCAGACCCCGACGCCGACUCGGUUCCUGAAGAACUGCGAGGAGGUGGGGCUGUUCAACGAGCUGGCGAGCUCCUUCGAGCACGAGUUCAAGAAAGCCGCCGAGGAUGAGGAGAAAAAGAGCACCGCAGCCCUGGACAUGUCGCUGCCCUCCACCCCAGACAUCAAGAUAAAGGAGGAGGAGCCGGUGGAGGUGGACUCGUCCCCCCCAGACAGCCCUGCCUCCAACCCACGGUCACCGCAGACCAAGGAGAAGGAGAUCACCCCCAAGCCCGUGAUCAUUUCCACACCAACACCAACCAUCGUGCGCCCCGGAUCGCUGCCCCUGCACCUGGGCUACGACCCCCUGCACCCCACGCUGCCUUCCCCAACCUCCGUCAUCACCCAGGCCCCGCCGUCCAACAGGCAGCUCGGGUCGCCCACGGGUUCCCUUCCGCUCGUCGUGCAGCUGCCAAACGGGCAGACCAUGCCUGUCCUGCCCGGCCCCCCCAUGCAGAUGCCGUCUGUGAUAUCGCUGGCCCGGCCCGUCUCCAUCGUGCCCAACAUUCCCGGCAUCCCCGGGCCGCCCAGCAGCAGCAGCGGCUCCGUUUCCCCUCCGGGUCUCCCCGUGCACUCGGAAGCCAAAAUGAGGCUGAAGGCCAGCUUGACGGCGUCUUCCUCGCUGAACGGCAGCAGCCUGGUGGUGGGCUCAGCCAGCACGAUGGUGACCGCGCGCCCGGAGCAGAGCCAGAUCCUCGUCCAGCACCCCGACGCUCCAUCGCCAGCUCAGCCUCAGGUUUCCCCUGCCCAACCCACCCCCAGCACCGGCGGCCGGCGGAGGCGGACGGUGGAUGAGGACCCCGAUGAGCGCCGGCAGCGGUUCCUGGAGCGGAACAGAGCUGCUGCCUCACGCUGCCGGCAGAAACGCAAGCUGUGGGUGUCCUCCUUGGAGAAGAAAGCCGAGGAGCUCACAACGCAGAACAUCCAGCUGAGCAAUGAAGUGACGCUGCUGAGGAAUGAGGUGGCUCAGCUGAAGCAGCUGCUGCUGGCUCACAAGGACUGCCCCGUCACCGCGCUGCAGAAGAAGACCCAGGGCUACCUCGAAAGCCCCAAGGAGAGCUCCGAGCCCACCGGCUCCCCAGCGCCCGUCAUCCAGCACAGCUCCGUCACCGCCUCCCCCAAUGGGCUCAGCGUCCGCUCGGCAGCCGAGGCCGUGGCCACGUCGGUGCUGACGCAGAUGGCGAACCAAAGGACAGAGCUGGCCCUGCCCCUGCAGCCGCACGUCAUCAUGGCCCCACAGUCGCAGUCUGCGGGCAGAUGAUGCGCGUGGCCCCAACGUCCCCCCCCCCCCCUGCGGGACGGCGCGGAUUUGGGGUUCGGUUUUCUUUGUUUUGAAGCGAGUGAAGGGCAGCCGCGGUGCUUCUGACGCUGCACCCCCCGCGCGGGGGCGGCCCCCCCAAAGCCCCGGAUGCGCCACCCGAAGGCGCACGGCCGCACUUUGAGGGCACCUCCCGAGGUUUUGCUUUCGGCUCCCGUUAACACUACAGCUCCGCUCCGGGCGGAUCCCUCCGGCGCUUCCGCUGCCGGCAAAGCGGAGCCCUGCGGGGGCCGCGAGGUUUCGCUCCCGGCGCUGCCCCGCACUGCGCGGAGCUGCCGGCGGAGGGCUGCGGGUUGGGCUCCUCCAGGGACGGAUUCGGAGCUCGGCGCCGCGCCGGGAGCUGCAGCCGGGAUGGGCGCUGUGCGGUGCUGUGGGUUUCCUGCAUUGUGAGCCCGGCGCUCCCAGCCCCGCUGCGCGGCCGACGAUCGCGGUGACCUCACGUUGGUGGCCUUAAAUCACGCAUCGUUGCCUCUUCCGAGGUGGGGGGAGGGGGGGGGAGGAGGAGAUGGGGGGGGGGGCACGUGGGGGCGCUGCUGCUUCGCCCGGACCUUUCCCUCUCCAUCCCCAUUCUGCUCUUCUGAACCGGGCGGAGUGCGGCCGCGCAGCGCUGAGAGCUGCAGUUGUGCUCCCCGUGGCCGGGAUGGGGUCGGCGUUGGGGAUGCGGUCGGUAUUUCGGAAGCGAAGGGCUCCUAUGGGACCCCCACCCACACACACACAGCUCUGUGUCCCCCCCUACCCCCCCCCCCUUCCGAGCUCUGCCCCCUCAGGUCGCACUUUGCCACUUUGGAGCUGAGUUCGGCGCUCAGCGCCGCUCCGGGACAGCCGAACCCAAAGCGAUGUUGCGGCCCCUCUGCGGCCGUGGGUUCCCAUCCCAUUCCCGGGCUCCGUUCUGCCCCCCAUCCCCACCCCGUCUUCUCCCGACUCCCUCUGCCCGUAUCGGCUGUGCGCUGCGCGGCGCUGACGGCGGCUCAGCAGCUCCUCCAAGCUGCGGACCGCGACGGGAGCGCACGGACUGAUGGAGGAGAGCGGCUCCGCUGUCCCCAUUCCCGACCCUCAGCGCCACCGCUGUGCCCGGAGCUCUGCAGGGCGGCACAGCGGAGGGCCCGCAGCGCCUCCGGCUUCGCUCACGGCCCCAAAAAGGCUUUUCCAGCGCUCAGCCCGACGCGCUCCUCGUGGCAGCCCCGACCCCGACCCGCACCCCGCGCCACCUCCGCGUGCGUUCGGCAGACCCCGGCCCUGAAGUGCAGUGAAGGCCCCACGUGGGCGCGUCGGAUAAACGCGGGCACCCCCCCCCCCCCCCAUCCCCCAAUCCCACCCCAUCCCCAUCCCCAUCCUGGGGGGCGCAGCGUCCCAACGCCGUCAAUUCGGGGUUCUGUGGCACUCCGGGUUGGGUUUUGGGUUCCCUCCUCCUCUCCCCCCCCUCCCACCCCCCCAGGGUGGGCGUCUGCCCGUCCUCCCAGCUCAGCUCCAGGACUUUGAGGGGGGGGGAGAGGACGGCCCCACUUCUGCUCUGGGAUGAAGGAUUUCUGCUUUGCCCCCCCCCCCGCCCUUUGCGGUGCCUUAAACCCCUCUGUGCCCCCCCGACCCCCCCCAGCUUUGGGCCGGAGCUGCCCGUUGUGUCCCUUCCUGCCCCGAUCCCCUUUGGAUCCCCAUUCAUUUGGAGGCGACGGAGGGACCCCCUCAGCUCUGACGAUCAAUAAUGGAAGAAGCCAAGAGAAAAAAGACCCCCCCACCCCCCCCCCCCGAAAGAAAAAGUACGCGUAACCACGAGGUGUAGUAUAUACAGACCCGCAUAUUAUGAGUAUAUCCAGACCUAUAUAGACGUGUAUCACUUCUGAACGGACGCGCAGCCCUUAACGCUACGCAACGGUUUUCGCGCCGUCCCCCCCCCGCGGCCCCCCCAGGGCCGCCCCUGUGAGCGGGACCUCACAGCCCCGGGGGGGCGCGGGGGGAACGGCGUUCAUGUGCCUUUAUUUAUGCUGCAGAUACGACAUUAAACUGUUACCGAGGA